GGAGAGGGAAAAAUGAAGGUGGUCUGGCUUCCCAAUGCCAUCUCUUUUGCCUGCUUAGGAGUUGUGCUGGGCCGUGGGGGUGGUGCCAUCGGCCAUAUGCUGCUGCCCUUCCGUCUGGGCCUGGGAGGUCCCAUCGGUUCAGGCCACCAGUUCUUCCCUUGGAUUCACAUUGGGGACCUGGCAGGAAUCCUGACCCAUGCCCUUGAAACAAGCCGUGUGCAUGGGAUCUUGAAUGGAGUGGCUCCAGCCUCCACCACGACUAAUGCUGAGUUUGCCCGGGCCUUGGGUGCUGCUUUGGGCCGCCCAGCCUUCAUCCCUGUCCCCACCUCUGUAGUGCAAGCUAUCUUUGGGCGGGAGCGUGCCAUCAUGCUGCUGGAGGGCCAGAAGGUGGUCCCCCGGCGGACACUGGCCAGUGGCUACCGAUAUUCCUUCCCAGAGCUGGGGACUGCCCUGAAGGAAGUGGUAGCAUCGUAAGUAGGGAGGUUCACAGCAGGAGGUGAGGCUUGUGCCCAGUAGAUACUGUGAAUAGGUGCAGGUGAUUCUUAGGGAGGCUUCUCCCACAACUUUCUUCCCCAUUGUGCUGUUGCUCCAUCUUAUUGAGAAACUCCACAGCUAGUCAUGAAGUUCAGACCCUGACCUCUUCAGCUCCUUGUAAAAGAAUGCCCAAGUCUGGUUUCUCUACAUGGUUGUCCCAAUUCUUUAAGUUAUAUAGAGACUGCUUUGCACUUUUGGCAAUAAAGAUAAAUUAUCUCACUA